UGUCGGUGUUCCGGCAGUUCCGGUGUUCUGAUCUCUCGUUGUGAACUUGUGAUCGUUGUUCCGCGUGUUUUCGCUCAGUUCAUGUGUUUUUUCUUUUUUUUUUCUUUUUUUUCUGAUAUUUGAGGUUUUAAACCGUUCUCCAAUCAAUAACCAAGCAUGCGGAUCUGCUGUGCUCCCGGCUGUCGCAGCAGUUACGUCAAACAGCCAUCGAAAAGGGCCUUAUUGAAAAGUGACGAGAAGCGCCACUUGUUUACCGCUCCGAAGGAUGCUGCACUCCUGAAAGUAUGGCAGAAUGCGAUCCCUGGGAAAAAGUUCACGCUCACAUCAAAACACUACCUAUGCGACUUGCAUUUUCAGCCCGACGACAUUAAUCGUCAUUACUCGCACAUCAUCAAUGGGCAGACGAUUCUUAUAGACAGGGGCCAAUGGACAUUGAAAAAAGAUGCUGUGCCAUGUCUGUUUCCGAAUGCCCCCGCGCAUCCCUCGAAACCAACCGCGAAGAGCAGCAAACGGAAGGCCUUCGCCGAUCGAAGCGUUACUCAGGCUGGAGCCAGCUCUGAUGUGACAAUUACAGAUGAACCCGAAGCUGACGACGAUGACAGCAACCCAACAGACAAGUGCACCAACGUUUCCGACAUCUGUUCCGGAAUUUCAGGAUCACGGUCGCCUGUCGAAGGAUGGUCACUUCAAAGGACACCCGAGGAUCACGUGAUUUUCUACAAGCUUGUGGAGAAGCAAGGUGUAGUUUCUGUGACGAGGGCUGUCACGUUCAGAAAGGAUCUCCCUCUAGUUGUUAGCGUAGGAGGAAAGUUGGUGCCAGAGGCAAGCUAUAGGAGUCCAAGUACGACUCGGCCAUGCAUAUCAACCCUCGAAGAAUUGAGAGUUUUCUUGGGCUAUAUUGAUUCCCUCAAAGUGUGCGCUGGAUGCCCCCUGGAACUAUUUCAAACUGUCACAUCCUUAACAACAGCCGUCGGGAAUGGUGACAUGUGGCGCAGAAAGACAUGCAUGGUGCUUUCAGAACAGACUACCUGUCGAGGUUGCGUGCUCACACGAAAGGUGUUCCGCGAAAGAGAAAAAAAAGACACUCUUCAAAACAGACAACCUCCCAACGGAAGCCUCGUUUGCUUGUGAAAAUUACUGCGGAGAAAGGU